AUGGCAGAUGAUAAUACAGAUGAAGAUGAUCCACAAACGUUCCUCGGCUGCGGGUUACCUGAAUACGACCGAAACGUGCUCUUAUCCUGCAUUCGUGGUGAUCCCAAUUUUACGAAUUGCCUUGGUCCAGAGUGCGGUGGCGGCCAAAUUCACGAGGACAGUGAUGACCAACCCAUCAUGACUUGUGGGGCUUGUGGUUUUAAAACAUGCUUCACUCACAAGAUGCCUUGGCAUACCGGUCUCACAUGUAAUCAAUACAAUACUCGGGAAAGAGAGAGAUUGCAACAGGAAGAAGCAAGUCUGCAACUUAUGGAGAAGGCUACGAAACAGUGCCCACAAUGUCAAGUCGAUCUUGCAAGCAUGAAUUCUGCUGGAUCUGUUUUGUUGAUUAUGAGUUAA